GGUAGUUAUAUUCUAUUAUAUUAUAAAUAAACUUGGAAGGGUCUACGUUAAAAUAAAAUAAAAUAUUAUAUUCUAUCAAUACUUGCAAUAUGUGGCCAACAGGAUUUGUAUGCCAUGACUGCUUCAAGCACUCUUUCGUUAGCGUUAAACCAAUUUCUGAAGAAGAAAAAUGGAUUAUUCCCCCAAUUACUUCUUCAUAUUCUUCUUCUUUACCAGUUUUAACCAUUCAUUGUAAUUUCAAAAUAAUACAACAAUUUUGGUAUAUGUCACCCAAUAAUCUAGGAUACGUAAAUAUGGGCGAAGCAUUAGAUAGUUCAUCUGAAUCAACCCAAAUUAUUCUUCAUCUUUCUGAUACUAAACUCUAUGAAAGACUCGACUGUGCUAUAUCAGAAGUGUUUAUAGAUUUUAAGGACGAGUUUGAAGAUCUACAACAUAUUAUAGUUGAAAAAAUAAUUCGUAAGUUGAAAAAAAUCAUGACUAAACAGAUAUUGGAGGUAUGUAUGGAUGUGACGAUAAUGAUUGAUCACCAAUGCCAUGGUGGAAUUUUGUUAGAAUCGGAAGAAUUACCGGAGAAUGGAAUGGUGCCGGCUAGUAAAUCAUCAAUAGAGUUGCUAGAACCGAUGGAAGUUGAUGAAAGAUAUAGCAACGAUGAGUGUUUGGUAUGUCUAGAUGAGAUAGGAAAGAAAACUCGUGUACUGCGUUUGCCUUGUUCACAUAUGUUUCAUGCAGAUUGCAUUACAAUGUGGUUAGAGAAUAGUCAUUAUUGUCCGCUUUGAGAUGCCAACGAAUUAGACAAAACUACAUCCUAUAUUGAAUCCAUCGAUCAUGUUACGUUGUUAUUCUUUAAGAUCCAAGCUUUUUUAAAGAAAUUCAGUUAUUAGUUUUGUCAAUAAUAUAACAAUUCUUAUAUCCUAUUUAGCAUUAAUAUUUAGAAAUUAUAGUUUGACUAAUUUACCCUUUUUAAUACUAAGCUAUUUUAAUUAAUUAUUAUUUUUAGAAUAUUUUCUCUAU